AUGGGUGAAAGUAACCGUCCAGCUCAGAAGAGCCAGCCCUCGAGAAAAGGCAAAAAGGCAUGGAGAAAGCAUAUUGAUUUGGAUGAUGUCGACGAGGGUCUCGAGGAAGCCCGUCAAUUAGAGCGUACUUUGGGUACCAAGGAUAUUACCUCGCUUGAUCAGAGUGAUCUAUUCACUGUUGAUACUCAGGGUGAUGAGGGUCUUAAGUCAAAGAAAGAUAGAGAAAAUUUAAAACCGUUGAAGGCCGACGAGAUCCUCAGUCGUAGAUCAGCUGUUCCCGCUUUGAAGGCCGCUCAUAAGAAGGCCUCGUCUGAUAACAAGAAGAAAAAUGGCAAGAUUCAAGGAGUUUCUGGUAAAGAGCUCAACAGACUGAUGAGAGUCGCUGGUAGAGAUGGUAACAAGAGUAGUGCCAUGGCUACUCUGGAGUCGGAUGGAAUCAUUAAGCAUAAUAACGAUCUGUAUGAUGCGUGGGGCGACGAGCCCGAGGUUGAUACUAAAUCCAACUUGAAAUCAGCAACUGCUUCUAGAGUCAGUUAUAGUAAAGCUACCGUCAUUCCGAGCACCCUGACCGAGGCACCUGAAGCAGUCGUUCCUAAUGCUAAAGCAGUCGACCUACCGGAUGCCGGUCGUUCUUAUAAUCCAUCCAUUGAGUCGUGGAAAGAUUUAUUAGAAAGAGAAAAUCUGAAGGAAGAGGAAAGAGAGAAACAACGAAUUGCUACUAAGGAAGAAAAAGAACGAAUUGAGCAUCUUAUUGCCACUUUAGAUGUCAAGGAGGUUGACAGUGAUAGCAGUGAGGGUGAAAACUCUGAGGACGAAGAGACUAAUGAUCAAGCCGACGACCUGGUGUCAGUGAAUAAACCGGUCAAAGUCAAGACUAAAACCAAAACUCAAAGAAACAAGCAAAAACGUCACUUAGAGAGAACUAAACUUCAAGAACAACUUAAAGCAUUAAAACAACAAUUACGUGAUCUGGAGAAUCUUCCUCGUCUGCUACAAGAGGAGGCUGAGAAACAGAAGAAACGUGAGGAGGAGCGUGCUACUGCAGCUGCUAAUUCUGAUGGCAAGAAGCGUAAGAAGGUUCACACCAGGCAUUCUAUCAUUGAGCCUGGUCUUGAUAUCAAGCUGUCAGACGAGCUUGAAGACUGUCUUCGAAGACUCAAACCUGAGGGUAAUCUCGCUAGAGACAGAUUUAGAAGUUUACAGGAGCGUGGUCUUAUCGAGGCCAGAGUGCCUGUUGCCAAGAAGCGUAAAUACACUCCUAAGGUCACUGAGAAGUGGAGUUACAAGGACAUUAAGUUAUAA